AAUGAGUAAAGACUUCUGUUUCUCACUAAAAGCAGCAAAGAGAGGCAGCCAGGCAGCAGUAUAAAAGGCAGCAGCGUUUUAUGAAGGCAGACUAACCCUCAAGGCACCAUGCAGGCAUCAAUGGUCGAAAUACUGUCCAAAGUGGAUGUAGGAAGAUGCGUGGGCAUCGAAAUAUCCAACAAGACCAAAUCUGUUACUUUAUCCUCUCCAAGCACAUACUGUGGAAGUGGCCAUGUCCAUUCCCCACCCCCUCCCACCAUCGCUCCUAAUGCCACGGACUGCUGUGUGUUUGUGAAGAACGGACUAAUGGCCCGAGGCAGCGUGGGAGUCCUCACCUACCAGUGCUCUGAAUCAAGCACCAUAGCCAUUCUGUUUUCAAACCCUUUCGACUAUAACUUAUACAACAUACAGUUCGGGGUGUGGCUCACCGAUCAUAUCCGUAAGGCCGAUGAUACCCUCUACAAUGAGAUGUACAACAACCGGCAACAUUCUUCUGAAUUUAAAUGCGCCGAUGUCAAAAAACACGCUCAGGCCUUAGAGGUCUCUCGCGGCAACCUGAAAGUUUCAGCCACUAUGUCGAAUGACUACAAGGCCAUCUUAAAAUUAGAGAUCUUAGAUGUUGAAUAGAUUGCCUGUAGGCAUCAAUCAUAUGGCAGAAUGCCAAUCAAUGGUGAAGGGGCUUAUUAAACUACAAAAUAGCACCAGUCUAGUUACCAAUAGCAACCACUGAGAGCUUUGCUUUUAUUUUCUACCUUAUAGCAUGCAAUUCUGAUAUGCUGGUUGGUUGGACCAGGUAACUACAAUUUAGCCUGUUCCUCAUGUUGUGGUGACCCCCAACCAUAAAAUUAUUCCAAAGACCAUCGGAAAUAUGUGUUUUCCGAUGGUCUUAGGUGACCCCUGUGAAAGGGUUGUUCCACCCCCAAAGGGUUCCCGAGCCACAGGUUGAGAACUGCUGCUGUAUAGCUAAGGCUUUUUCUCCUAGAAACAUGUUUUUGAAUUUCCUAAGGGGACAUUUUAGGACUGUGUAAAAGUCAAUGAAAGUAACCUACAGCUUUCUCUAGUGCCACUAACCUGGCAGCCACGGUUCCCUGAGUGACACUUAUUAGCCUAUGGAUAAAAUUAUACAUCAACCAUAUAGGCAUUGGGCAAUACUAUUGGCCAGUGUCACCAAUGACCAUGACCCUUCCUACAACCCAAGGUUCACCUCCAUUUUCUUCUAUGCCAUGCAGCCCUACAAAAACCACUGGAUGUUACCAAGUGAUUUAUGAAUGGACAUUAUGGUUUGCUGUGACACAAUAGCGCCAUCGAGGAACUAGGCUGGGUAUUUAGUAUUUAGGUCCAUCCCAACAAUGCUUCUAGUCUUCCUUUGCUUACAAUAAAUAUAACUAAUAUUUCAACUAUUUCAGAUAUUGAGAAAAUGUCAUAAAAGUCAGCAGGUCUAGUUACACAUAGCAACUAAUGAGCAGAUGGCACUUGGCUUUGACCUUCACAAAAUGCAGUUGACUAACUUCUUGUUUUUCUGUUGAAUAAAGUGACUUUUUGGGCAAA